AUGGCUAACAGGGAAUAUGAUUAUUUGUUCAAAUUAGUUAUAAUAGGCAACAGUGGAGUCGGAAAGUCUGCUCUUUUAUUACGAUUCGCAGAUGAUACUUUUAGUGAAAACUACAUCACAACCAUUGGAGUUGAUUUUAGAUUCAAAACAUUAAAAGUAGAUAAUAAAGGUUUGAAAUUGCAAAUCUGGGAUACUGCUGGAUAAGAGAGAUUUAGAACAAUUACUAAUGCUUAUUAUAAAGGAGCUGAUGCAAUUGUUAUUGUCUAUGACACAACAUGUUAGCAGUCCUUUGAUGACAUUGAAAAGUUUUGGUUGAAUGAAAUCGAGAGUUAUGCAGAAAAAAAUGCAGAACUCUUGUUGUUGGGAAACAAAUCAGAUCUAAGCACAAAAUAGGUUUCAAGUGAGAGAGUUCAAGAAUAUGCUCAAAAAAGAAAUAUGACAUUCUUUGAAACAAGUGCCAAGACUGCCGAUGGAGUAGAAGAAGCCUUCAAAAAUAUAGCUAUCAAAUUAAUGUCUAAAAGAGAUUAACAAGUUUAAGAUAAAAAAAAUAAAAAAAAAUAAUAAAGAUAAUCAUCAUCGUCAUCAAAAAGAACAGAAGACUUUUCAAACUCUAGUGAAAUCAAACAAGAAGACGAAUCAAAAAAUGUUAACUUGUGGUCAAAUAAGAGCCCAGAAAAUGCCAAGUAAGAAUAGUAAUGCUAAUGUUGA